GAAGAGAACAGUAACACCAAGCAGUUCAGUUUAGUCUUUCCGAGUCGAGACAAUGUCAUUUUUAACAACCGUUUGCUUCUUAAUCGGUCUUCUCGCAUGGAUUCCUUCAAUAUCGGCUGAGGAUGUACCAUGCGCCUUUCGGGCUGGGGUUUGCGUCUGUAACGAAACGUAUUGCGAUCAAUUUGAUUUCGUCAGACCGAACGAGGAACGUGAAUUCAAAGUAGUAACUUCAUCUGCAGCUGGAAAGCGAUACGAAUCACAGGCGGGCGAAAUGGAUACGCUUCCAACAGUUCCUAUAUUUCCUUUUCUUCCUAUAACCGAUGCUACGCUCAGCAUUGAUCGGACGUCUCAAUUUCAAGAAAUGAUUGGUUUCGGAGGUGCAGUGACCGGCUCGGUGCGAUAUCUGUACAACGCCACAACCGAUCCAAUACGAAGAAAACUUCUGGACAGUGUGUUCACGAGUGGUGGUCUGGCCUAUACUCUAAUACGGACAUCAAUUGGCGGAUGUGAUUUUGAUCUUAAGAAAUACGCAUUCUUCGAAGAUCAUCAGCCCGACAGUUUGGAUUUGCCGAGUAUCAAUGAAUCCGACCCGAAUUGGGAUCAGGCCUCGGGCCUUGUGUACAUGCUGAAUAGAAUAUUCGAAGUGAAACCACAAUCAGAGCUGAAAUUAUUUGCUGCUGUUUGGAGUCCACCUGUGUGGAUGAAAACGUGCGAGGACUGGUCGGGUUGGUUUUGUACACUGAAACCCGAAUUUAACCAAACAUAUGCCGAUUAUCAUUUGCGCUUUUUGGAAUUCAUGAAAGCGAACGGCAUUGAUGUCUAUGCUAUUUCAACGGGUAAUGAACCCACAAAUGGAAUCGUUGGACUAACAGACAUUAUGAGUCUCGGAUGGUGGCCUUCUGAUCAAGGCAAAUGGGUCAGCAAAAAUUUGGGACCAACAUUGAAAAACUCACCAUUCUCUAACGUGAAAAUAUUAACAGGCGAUGAUCAGCGUUGGGAAAUGCCACUCUCUUUCGGAUUGAUGGAAUUAGGUGCAGCCGAUGUAAUGAAUUACAUUGAUAUGUUUGGCGUUCAUUGGUAUUGGGAUGAUUAUAUACCAGCAUUUUUGAACGAUGUGGCCCAUAUUGCUUAUCCCACAAAACUUAUAUUAAACACAGAAUCAUGUUCGGGUUCCGGCUUAGGUGAUCCUCGUCGUGGUCCUGUUUCCGGAUCAUGGGAUCGGUGUGAAGAUUAUGUAUCCAAAUAUAUAAAAAGUUUUUUACAUUGGAAUACCGGCUGGAUUGAUUGGAAUUUAUGGUUAAACGAACAGGGAGGUCCUGUUAACAUCGACAAUGCUGUGGAUGCAUCGAUCAUAGUUAACGAAACGACCGGAAAUGAAUUCUAUAAGCAGCCAAUGUAUUUUGGUAUCGGUCAUUUCUCAAAAUUCAUUUCGACCGGUUGCAAGCGUAUCGCAUCCUAUCUGAGCACUGUGUCCCUUGGUAUCGAAGCUGUUGCAUUUGAGUGUUCUGAUAACACUGUUACAGUAAUUUUACACAAUCGUGAGCUGUUUGCCAAAACGAUCAGACUGGUUGACACGCAGAUGGAAGCACGGAUUGAGUUGAGUUUGGAUGCAAAAUCUGUUACCAGUGUGGUUUAUGUGUACAAUUAAAUUGAUUUAUGUUCUGAAUUAACGUCGAAAAAUUCGUUUUACGUUUCAUUUUCGCAUAGAAAUGAUAACAGAUGGCUUUACUUCCGCCGUUUCAGCCCCACAGGCGGUCAGCGCA